GCGUGUCACACUGGCUGACGCCUGACUGUACGCUGAUAACCUUUACUCAUUAGACAGAACUCUGUAGACUGUAGUCUACUAUUCUGUAUAUUUUAACAAUGUUCAUAGUAUUUAUGAGAUAAGUUGAUAACAACCGGAUAAAAGACCCAUUAUUUAGUUCUGUCGUUACCCAUUUAUAUAAAGUAUUAAUUAUUAUAGAUAUGGCAUAAAAAAAACAUUUACCUCGUAUUACUACUAACUGCUAUCGAGAAUACAGACUUUCUGUUAAUCGUUGAACCAUUUUGGAAUUGUGAUCCCGCUACCUGCAAUUACGACGUUUUGUGCAUGAUACAGUCGACAGAUUCGAACGACACUAUGGGUGGACCUAAGGAAGGCGUUCAAAAACAAAUACAACAAGAUUGGGCAAACAGAGAGUAUAUAGAAGUGAUCACUGGCAGCAUAAAAAAAAUCACUGAUUUUCUCAACUCAUUUGAUAUGUCAUGUAGAUCCAGAUUAGCUAUUUUAAAUGAAAAACUAACCACGUUAGAACGAAGAAUUGAAUAUUUAGAAGCAAGGGUAACUAAAGGAGAAACCCUGUCAUGAGCUCAUACAUUUCUUUUUUUUUGAUACUGUAUUAAAUAUAAUAUAAUAUUGAUAAUAUACUUUUAUGUUAAUAUACUUUUUACAUUUUUAAUCAAGUAUUGUUUGCAAUACCAAAUUGCCUAUAUCUUAUGCCUUAAAAAGAGUUGUUAAGUAUUAAAAUUUAAGUUUAUUAUUUUUAAUUUAUUUAUUAUACUUUCUUAUAAUGUUUUAGUAUUCUUAAUUAAGUUUUUUAGUCAUUGUAUUGUAAUAAAUAGUUUGAGUGACAAACAUAAUUCAAAUUGAUGAAUUAUUAUUCAUUAUUUCAGAUUUUUAUGUACAUAAAAGUUUAGAACUUCUUAAAUAGAUCAUAGUAUAAAAAUGAAUUUCAUAUUAAUAUGAAAAAGACAAUAUGGAUGGCGCUGUGGUGACACUCUGCCCUGAAAUUUUUGCUGCUUUUGUCACUGAUCAUUGCCACCUGGUCUUUAGCAGCGGACCAUGUCAUAUUCUCUACUACAAACAUAAAACCUAACCUAUAAACAAGGUUAUAGCCACAAUUAUUGUCAAGGCUUAAAAAAAAAAAAAAUGAACAUUUUUAUGAUUGUUAAAUGUAUUAGUAACAAGUAAUAAAACGUAUCAAUAUUAUUAGAAGUACAAUUAGUAGAUUUUAUCUAUUACCAUUGACUAUAAAUAAUAAGUUAAAGUUAACAACAGUAGCAGUUAAUUUAAUUGGAAGUGAAAACUGUCAGUUAGCUUAACUGGUACUCCAUAAACAAAUUAAACUUUAAUGUUAAAACUAAUGAUAUUACACUAGUUAAUAACAUAAAUUGAUUCAUAUCAUAAAUAUAAACGCAUCAUCGAGGAAGCAUGAUUCUUUUUUUUUUUUAUACAUAACUAUUCCAGCUGAACAAAACCUAUCCCAACAGUUAACAGAUAUACUAACUACAAGAAAAUUUACAUGUUUAAAAGUUAAAACAAUGUAUGUAUACAGUAGAACCUCGAUUAUCUAAACCUCCGUCUCCCAAACCUUCUAUUAUUCAAACUGCAAUUGGCAUAUCCAAAUUUCAAUUAAUAAAAAAAAAAACUAGUUCGAACAUCAAAAUGUAGAAAAAGAAAAGAACUU